CUCCUUGUCCUCAAGAUUGGUUCUGGCAUGAAGAAAACUGUUACCUAUUUUCCUCUGACCCAUUUAACUGGGAAAAGAGCCAGAAGAACUGCUUGUCUUUGGAUGCCCAGUUGCUGAAAAUUAAUAGCACAGCUGAUCUCGACUUCAUUCAGAAAGUGAUUUCCCAUUCCAGUUCGGCAUUCUGGAUGGGGUUGUCUAAGAGGAAACCCAACAACACAUGGCUCUGGGAGGACGGUUCUCCUCUGAUGCCUCAAUUGUUUAGACUCCAAGGUGCUGUUUCCCAAAAGUACCCUUCAGGCACCUGUGCAUAUAUACAACGGGGAGCUGUUUUUGGUGAAAAUUGCGCUUUAGUUGCAUUCAGUGUAUGUCAGAAGAAAGCAAACCUAUUAAAAGCAUAUUAA